AUGGGAUGUUUUGUGUCGAAAAAUAAUUGUCAGUCUUCUAAUAAAGCCUUACUCCCCCCUAUUUUUUGCCCAAAAACCCACCCUCCGUGAGUGAAAUAAAAAUUUGUUAUUGAAAAAAAUUUUGAUAUAUAAAUGAUAAUUAUUAUAAUGAACUUUAGAGCUAAUUCUGUUUAAUUUUAAACGAAUUGCUUUUUAAAACAUAAAUUUUACAAAUUAAAUUAAUAUUUGCUUUCCAAUUUUUGUUCACUUACGGAGGGGGGAGUUAGAAGAAUUUCAUUCAAAUCCGAGUCCUCAUAAAAGCGCAAUUGACCCAAGUAUCAUUACAAUGGACAUCAGAAAGUUUUAUGUUUUUGAAGAAAGAAUCGGGAAAGGGCAUUUCGGAGAAGUUUAUUUAGUGCAUCGUAUAAAUGACAUCAAUAAGAAAUUUGCUGUAAAAUCUAUAUCAAAGCCUCAAUUCUCCACCCAUAAUGUUAAAUAUGUCAAAUCAGAAAUAGAAAAUCUCCAAGCCUUGGAUCAUCCAAAUAUCAUAAAAUUAUAUGAAAGCUAUGAAGAUGAUGAGCAUAUACACUUACUACCCCCUAUGAGCGAACACAAAUUUUGUUCGCUCGUGGAGGGGAUUAAUUUUUUAUUUUGAAAAUUUCAAUUUGUAAAAAAUGAGGAGCAAAAAUUAAUUUAAUUAUAAAAUUUAUGUUUUAAAAUGCAAGCUGUUUAAAAUUAAACAGAAUUAGCUAGAGAUUUCAUUAUAAUAAUUAUCAUUUUGUAUAAAAAUUUUUGUUCGCUCAUGGAGGGUGGGUUUUUGGGCAAAAAAUAUGGAUUUUUUCAAUGGUUUUGUUCGCCACGGAGGGGGAUGUUAGUAACUGAAUACUGCUCUGGAGGGAAGUUACUUACGAAAAUGAAAAAGAAACCGAUUUUUACUGAAGUUGAAGCUGCAGCAAUAAUUAUGAAAAUUUUAAGAGCAGUUAAAUAUUUGCAUGAAAGAGGAAUUUGUCAUCGAGAUAUUAAGCCUGAUAAUUUCCUUCUUGAAACUGAAGCUGAAGAUUCAGAUAUUAAGAUGAUUGAUUUCGGACUUUCUCACAAGCUGGAAGGAAAAGUCAAGAGAAUGAAAUCUACUGUUGGAACGCUAAAUUAUGUUGCUCCAGAAGUAUUGAAAGGGAAUUAUGGAUUUAAAUGUGAUUUAUGAAGUGUUGGCAUAAUAAUGUUUAUAUUAUUAACUGGAGAUAUGCCAAUAAAAGGAAGAUAUCAAGCAGAAAUUUUAGAAAGCUUAAGAAACUACCAGUUAAAUACUGACUCUGAAGAAUGAGCUCAGCUAAGUCCUUGGGCCCAAAAUCUUUUAACAAAUUUGUUAGAAAAAGACCCUAACAGAAGAUAUGAUGCCCAAACUGUAUUAAAGCAUCAAUGGCUUCAAGAUAAUUAUAAAGUUCCUAGAAAAGCAAUAGAUCCCAAAAUUUUUGAAGCUUUAAAAAGCAGCAAAAUAACUUGUAAGUUUCAAAAAGAGGUUCUUGAUUUUAUCGUUAAAAAUAUCGACUGCGAAGAGCUUCGAGACCUGAAAAAUGCGUUUUUAGACUUAGAUACAGAAAAUAUAGGAGCUUUAACUUUUAGCGAGCUUGAAUCUGCAUUGCAAACAAUGAACCACUCAAAUAAAUCAGAAGAAGUAAAAAGAAUAAUCACAAAUCUCAAAGCUGAAGAUAGCAUGAAACUAAAUUAUUCUGAAUUUUUGGCAGCCACUUUUAGCUCGAAAUUAAAGUUUGGAAAAGAGUUAUUAAAGGUAGGAUUUAAGCAUUUUGAUAGAGAUAACAAAGGGUUUAUUAACGAAGAAGAUAUAUAUGAAGCUUUGAAAAGAAGUGGGAGAAAAAUAAAGAAAAAAAAAGUGCAUGAAAUUUUUGCUGAAAUUGAUGCUGAUGAAACAGGCAAAAUCAAUUUCAAACAAUUUAGAAACAUUUUGUUAGGAAAGAGCAGAAAUCGGAUUUAA